AUGAUGGAUUUUGACGAGAGGGUCCCCGUCGGAUCGAACAUGUAUUUGCCCAGUUGCACUUAUUACGUGUCGGCGGGGGCUGAUUUCUCCGGUCUGCCCUCGUUUUUGUCCCAAACCCCGUCCACCCGCCCAAUGACAUACUCCUACUCUUCUAACCUGCCGCAGGUCCAGCCCGUCAGAGAGGUGACGUUCAGGGACUAUGCCGCCAUUGACGCGUCCGGUAAAUGGCCACACCGGGGGAAUUUACCCCAGUGCUACCCCUCCGCUGAGGACAUGGUGCACCGUGACUGUCUGUCCGCACAAACAGCCGUCGUGGGGGAUAUGUUUGGCAAAAACAGCCCCGCCGCCGCCUACCACCACCACCACCACCACCACACGGGCGCCGGCUCCGCUGCCUCCAAUUUCUACGGGAACGUGGGCAGAAAUGGCGUGCUGCCCCAAGCCUUCGACCAGUUUUUCGAGACGGCGUACGGCAACGCGUCGGAGAGCUCCUCCACAAAUGACUACCCAGGGGACAAAACGGCGACCAAGCAGCCAGGCUCCGCGCCGGAGGACGCGCCGCCCUGCCGGGACACCGAGGUGAAGGAGCCGCGGGAGGAGACUAGCAGUCCGGAGUCAUCUUCCGGCAACAAUGAGGAGAAAUCCAGCAGCAGCAAUGGACAGAGGACCCGUAAGAAAAGGUGCCCUUAUUCCAAAUAUCAAAUCAGAGAACUUGAAAGAGAAUUCUUUUUCAGUGUGUACAUUAAUAAGGAGAAACGCCUGCAACUCUCUCGGAUGCUCAACCUCACCGACCGACAAGUGAAGAUUUGGUUUCAGAAUCGCCGCAUGAAGGAGAAGAAACUGAACAGAGACAGAUUACAAUAUUAUACGUCUAAUCCUCUACUUUAGGGGUCAAAAUACAACCAUCCACAGCUCAAGUCCUCUGCUCUGGGACUGACUGCGUUUACAGACUGGCUCACUAGCUGUGACUUUCCAGUGUACAUUGUGUACCACAAUGGCCGCAACAGCAACAACUCCGCUCAGUGGUUAAUUUCAAGUUCGAGGACAACAGUAUCCCGUAAUUUGAAUCAUGAAAAGAGUGAGCAUGAAUUAAGACCGUCUAAGGACUUUAAUUUUGCUCUUCAGACGUUGUUUGAAAUUGUAUAAAUGGAUUUUUGUCCUCACUAAGACUGUGUGCUUGUGAAGGCCUAUGUUAAUAUUAUUGUGACACAGACGCCUUGUUUAUUUUGUUUUCACGCGGGCAAAAGUAGCAGUCUGCAUUGACUGACCCAGUGUAUUUUGUAAUCAAAAGAUUUAUUUUACUUUUUUCUGUUUUUAAAUCAGAAAAGUGGUGGAUUUAUGAUUGCGAAUAUGUGACUUUAAUAAUUGAGACUAUAAGAACUUUGGUGUGACCAAAUGAUGAGUUUGAGCGGAUGAGAAUGUAAUGUGUUUCAGUUUUGUGUGCUUAUUUAUUUUGUAGCCACUCGUUUACUAUCUCAUUUAGUGCCACGGCUAACCAAGUGAAAAGUCCAUUCAUAUAAGAGGAUAUUUGGAUUCCGUGUUAAAUUUGGGCUGACCUCAAAUCGUGCUGGUGUCGUCUUUCCUAAUUACAGAAUGAGGGCUGACUAGGUAUUUAUAUUUUGCAUACCUUUCAAUACCCAAUCCACGUUGUAGUUUUAAUUUUUGAAAACUAUUGAUACAAAUCAAUCGAGUAUUGAUAAUGCAGGCCAAACCAGAGAUAAGCUUGUCCACUGGUUCCGUGUGGAGUUGCACUGAGGUACAGGCCUAGCACACUCACACAGGUAUAUGCAGUGGGCCUCCUCGGUCUAUCGAUAUAUUGAUCUACAUGACAGAAUAUUUUUUCAUGACUCAGUGAUCCUUUGGUAUUUUAUUGCAGUCUAAACAAGAAAAAGGCUACAUUUUCAAGUGUACUGUCAGGGCAGGACUGGUCAGGGUCAUCGCAUUUAAUCAAUUGCUUGGU